UAUAUACUUCAAACCUUCUUUGUCUUUCUCCUCAUAUAUUUUUUUCUUCUUUAUUUCAAAUAUCUUAUACCAAAUACCAUACAACGUAUUUAUUUUUUAUUAUAAAGUUCUUUGCAUUGCAGCUUUUGAUCACAAAACAUGACACAACAAGAGUUUGUUAAUAACAAUUAUAAAAUCAAAGAGCCUCGUCUUGUGGCAAGAAAAUUCUUGGCUAAACCUCAACAUGAAGGUGUUGGAGCUGUUGUUAGAAGAAGCAUUGGAAGAUUUGAGCUCAAGUACUUUGAUCCUUUCCUUGUAUUGGAUGAAUUCUCAGUCACUGCUCCUGCUGGUUUUCCAGAUCAUCCACACAGAGGCUUUGAGACUGUCACAUACAUGUUGCAGGGAGCUGUAACACAUGAAGAUUUUGAAGGGCAUAAAGGAACAAUUGAAGCUGGUGAUUUGCAAUGGAUGACUGCAGGGAGAGGAAUAGUUCAUUCAGAAAUGCCUGCUUCUCAAGGAACUCAAAAGGGUCUUCAGCUAUGGAUCAAUCUUGCUUCACAAAACAAAAUGGUUGAACCAAGGUAUCAAGAAAUAUUAAGCAAGGACAUAGCAGAAGCUAUGAAAGAUGGUGUGAAGGUUAGAGUAAUAGCAGGGGAAGCACUUGGUACAAAGUCUCCAAUCUACACAAGAACACCAACAAUGUACUUGGACUUCAUUCUCAAACCUGGUUCACACUUGCAACAACCUAUACCAAAAUCUUGGAAUGCUUUUGUGUAUGUUUUGGAAGGAGAGGGUAUUUUUGGAAACCAAAAGUCUCAACCUAUAAGCUCACACCACAUUCUUCUUCUUGGUUAUGGUGAUGGAUUAGAGGCAUGGAACAAAUCUUCUAAGCAACUUAGGUUCAUUCUUGUUGGAGGUGAACCACUAGGUGAACCUGUGGUUCAAUUUGGGCCAUUUGUUAUGAACACUCAAGAAGAAAUUGACCAAACCAUUGAUGACUUUGAGAACUAUGCUAAUGGAUUUGAGAAAGCAAGGCACUGGAGGUCUCAAAGUGCACUUAGCCUUGACUAUUGAGGGUUUUGACAUUUGACUUUUAUCUUUUUUGGGUUGUUUUAUAUCUCACAUUCCAGCUAGUUGAUGUUGAAAGAAGCAAGGAAAAACAACUUAGUUCAGUUCUUUGCAAUGUAAAUUGGAAUUUAUGAAUUAGAUGAAGAAUCAAAUCCAUUUUA